AUGUUUGUGUUGAAGGACUGUGAUCCCCAGGUUAUGGAAAACAUGCAAGUUCCAGUGGCCAAAAUUAAGUUCAGUCCCUCUGUGAUUUCUGACCGGAUCAAGAACCAUAGAAGGCAUUUCAGUGCACCUUACCACAUUUGCAGAGAGAUUAUAUUUUCCCCUCUUUCCAAAAAGCUGAGUCAGAAGUACAACGUUGGACCCAUGGCCAUCUGGAAGGACGAUGAUGUACAGGUUGUGCGAGGACCCUACAAAGAUUGGCAAAUUGACAAAGUAGUCCAGGUUUACAGGAAGAAAACUGCCAUCUGCAUUGAACAAAUACAGCUAGAGAAGGAAAGUAACACAACUGUUGAUGUGACCAUUCACCCCAGCAAGGUGGUUAUCACUAGACCGAAAGUGGACAAAGACCACAAAAAGAUCCUUGAAUGUAAAACAAAAUCUCACCAAGUAGUAAAGGAAAACCACAAAUAUAAGGAAGAAACAAUUGAGAAGAUGCAAGAAUAA